GAAUCGAAAGUCAGUUUUUCUUUGUGCGCCAUCUUGUUCAGAGUAACGAGUCUGUGUCUGGGAGCGGUCGGUGAGGAUCAGCUGUAAAGUGACUGUUCCCGAGGAUGAAGAUGAUCGUGCUCCUCUUACUCAUUUCCCAGCAUGCCUCGGGGGUGGAGGUGUAUAAGGGGGCGGAGUCUGUCCUGCUGCCCUGUCAGGUAUCAGUUGGUGUUUCCAGUAGCGACACAGCAGCAGUGUGGGACCGUGUUGGGCUCAGUAACCCAACAGUUCACCUGCGUAUGCAGAAAGGUGACGAUCUUGAUGAGCGUGACGAUCUUAGUGGUCAGAAUGAUCUUUACCAACAUCGAACAUCAAUGAGAGUCGACGCUCUGCAGACUGGAGUCCUCAGCCUCACUCUGAGGAAGCCCACAUUCUCUGACAGUGGAAACUACACCUGCAUCUACCGUAAAUAUGGACAAGAUCAGAGCAAAACUGCAGUACAGCUGAAAGUCUCAGAACAACCUCCUCCUCCUCCAGUCUGGCCCAAAGUCCUCGCAGCUGUGCUGGUUCCUCUGAUCAUCCUGGCUGCUGCCUUUGCUCUGUUUGUAUAUAAAAGGAUGAAGGACAGAGAAGCUCAGCAGGCAGAGGUGGUGGAGGUGCCACAGGGGGAGAAGUCUGUCCUGCUGCGCUUUAAGACCACAGCUGACCUUCCUCAGGACGUCACAGUGAAGUGGGGAGACUCCAAUAACAUGAUGGUCCACGUGUAUGAGAGUGGAAAUCAUCAGCCAGAUAAACAGGACCAGGAUUACAGAGGUCGCACAGAGAUGGAUGAAGAUCCUCUGAGAACUAAAGACCUCAGUCUGACCCUGAAAGACCUCCACUUCACUGACAGUGGAGUCUACACCUGCACCGUCUACAAGGAUAGACACAUGCUGCUACAGAAAUCAGUGACUCUCAGUGUCUUUGUUCCUUCGCCAGAGGUGGUGAAUGUGACAAAUGAGGAGAAGUCUGUCCUGCUGCCCUUUAAAACCACAGCUGACCUUCCUCAGGACGUCACAGUGGAGUGGACAGACUCCAACAACAUGAAGGUCCACGUGUAUAAGAGUGAAUACAAUCAGUCACAAAACCAAGACCAGGGUUACAAAGAUCGCACAGAGAUGAAGAAAGAUCCACUGAGAACUAAAGACCUCAGUCUGACCCUGAAAGACCUCCACCUCACUGACAGUGGAGUCUACACCUGCACCGUCUACAACAAGCAUGGACACAUGCUGCUACAGAAAUCAGUGACUCUCAGAGUCAGAGAGAGUCUGCCAGACAUUAAGCAGGUGCCAAAAGGACCGGGGCCUUUGGAGCUGCCCUUUAAGACCAAAGAUGACCUUCCUGAGGACGUCACAGUGAAGUGGAGAUACAACAACUACUACAACUACUACAAUGACUGGUUCGGUGAUUCCAAACCCAUGAUGGUCCACGUGUAUGAGAGUGGAAACAAUCAGCCAGGUAAACAGGACCAGGAUUACAGAGGUCGCACAGAGAUGGAUGAAGAUCCACUGAGAAAUAAAGACCUCAGUCUGACCCUGAAAGACCUCCACCUCACUGACAGUGGAGUCUACACCUGCACCGUCUACAACAAGGAUGGACACAUGCUGAUACAGAAAUCAGUGACUCUCAAUGUCUUUGACCCCCCUGUGAGAAGUUAUGGGACAGUGUAUGGAAAGAAGUCUUAUUUGCUAGAAUUUAAAAAAACAAAUAAACUUGAUCAGAUUUCCAAAGUGGAGUGGGAACGUAUAUACCCCAAAUACAAGUUCAUAAAGGAAAUAACACGCCAUCAGGGAAAUGAGAAAGACCUCAGUCUGAACCUGAAAGACCUCCGCCUCACUGACAGUGGAAUCUACACCUGCACCGCCUACAAAGAAAAUGGAGACAUCCUGCUACAGCAAUCAGUGACAUUCAGUGUCAGAGACUUCCAACUGGAGAAGGUGGAGGUGACAGAGGGGGUGGAGUCUGUCCUGCUGCCCUUUAAAACCACAGCUGACCUUCAUUAUGUUGUCGGAGUGUACUGGACUGUCUCUGAACCCACACAGAUGAUGGUCAACUACUUUGAUGUGACUAAAAACAACCAGCCAGGUUUACAGCACAAGGAUUACAAAGGUCGCACAGAGAUGAAUGAAGAUCUACUGAGAACUGGAGACCUCAGUCUGACCCUGAAAAAGCCCCUCCCCACUGACAGUCGUAGCUACACCUGCACCGUCUCCAACAAGGACGGACGCAUCCUGCUACAGAAAGUCGUGAUUCUCAGAGUCAGAGCAACCUUAAGGGGAACCAUAGAAGACAUGCUUCCAUGGAAGAGGAGGAGGACGGCACCAAAACCUGAGGUCAAAGAGGAGAGGAACACGAACCAAGAAGGCGUUUCUCUGAUGGAGGUUCAUUCAGCUUGAUAGGUCACAGAGGAGGAGGAGGAGCUGGUGAUGAAGAGCAGCCUGUGUGUAUAUACAGUAUUUGUUGUGUAUUCAGCCCUGAGGAAGAUGAAGGUGCAGCUUUGCUUUAGCCUUCCUCUGCUAACAGCUAACAGCUAACUAACCUCAGCCAGAUGUUCUGCAGCUGUUUCUCUUCUCAUUAGAAGUUUAUAAUGAUGAUAAUGUGCAUGUUUCUGCUGUUCUGAUGGAUCCACAGAGCGUCCUGACUCUGUGUCACAUGUGAGCUUCAUGUGGGUCAAAGGUCAAAGUUGUUGACUGUCAGGAAGCUUCAGAGAAGAUCAGACAAACAGAUGAAACACCCUCUCUGAACUCAGAGCUGCAAUCAGAGCAGGAAGGAGCUGUGAUGGAGGCCCUGAGGCCACACCCACACUUCCUGUCAGUGCCUGUGAUUGACAGCUGCCUCCAUCAGUAUCAUAUAUAUCCAUAUAAUCACCCUGAGGUCACUGAUGUUGUGAUGUUGGUUCUGUAUGAACCACAUUAAAUGUUUUUACACAUUAA